AACAAACAACAAAAACUUGCUAAGAAAGGAAUUUUUCAGAUUCGGAUCUCAAUCUCUUCAUUUCUGCAAAAAGAUCGGAGAAAUCUUCCUCAUAAUUCAAUACCAUGAUCGAAACGGUAUUCACGAGCCAAACUCUUAUGGGAUUAAUCUCCGACACAAAAUCCUUCGAAUCCAUCACCAACGACUAUUUCCAGAUUCUAGAUCUGGACAAAAACGGAAUGCUAUCGCCGUCGGAGCUCCGGCAAGGUCUUAACCGUGUGGUGGCUGUGGAAUCUGAAGUCGCGUCGGGAGAAGAAACCGAUAACGUGUACAAGGCGAUUUUCGAGAGAUUCGGCGAGAACUUGGUCCCGGAAAAAUUUAGGGAUUUGUUGGCAGAGGUUUUGACGGCGAUGGCUAGGGCAUUUGGAAAAUCGCCGGUGAUUAUGGUGGUGCAUCACAAUGGGUUGAUUAUGAAAGCUGUUCAACACGAAACCGAACAAGGCAAGUGAUGAAAUUAGGAUUUUGAUUUAGAAAUAUUCAUCCCGAAAUUCUCUGUUUUCCGAUGGGAAAUUUGAUUUUAUAUAUUUUGUUACGUAUGACUUUCGUUGGGUGGUUUGAUUU